GCGACCAGUGCCUGUCCACUCGGAUGGCCAGCCGACAGGGAGCGCUGGCGGGAAGCUGCGGGCCAGGUGCAUCCUGGCUCACUUCACUCACUCUGUCAAAUGGUCAAACGGGGCUGACAUGGCAACUGUAUCAAUGUAGGACCGAUCGUCUCUGCGAUCUCAUGUGCAAGGGAAAAGCUCUUGAAUUCUCUGUCGAUUUAAAAAAAAGGAGAAGUUCAAGUUCAUUCCACCAGAGUGGAUUUCAAUAAUGAUAAGAAUAAUGCUCCACUGCUCGUGGACCUACAACUGCGACAAGUGCGAUUUCGACUCAGUGAGGGCAAGGCUCAUCAAACAUACUUCAAAACGAAGGAAUGAAUUGAAGUCGCAGAUUUUGAACAGCCUGACUGAUGAAGAGUAGGUGGUGCACAAGGAAAUGGUGACGAGCAGCAAGAAGGGCAGUGGAGAGGGUGAGAGUGAUUCGGAGUCCUCAGUUGCUGGUACAAAUACAAUAGUAGGCAGCAGUUCAGAUUCAGAGGACAGUUCAGGUUCAGAGGACGAUGAUGAGGAAGAGAAGGAUGAAGAAAAGGAUGAAGAUAAGGAAGAAGAGAAGGAAGAAUACAACAUAUGUCCUCCUUGUUUUAAAAUGAGGGACAGGUCGUAACUCUGUUACUCUGUAAAGAAUAACCUUGAACAAUGAUGUAUAGAUUGGGUAAGCUGGAG